CUUUUUGAAGUUGAUGAUGUGUAUUACACCGGUGAUGUUGUUAGCAACAAAAAGUCAAAGGAAAUAACAGUUCGGAAAAAGAGCAAAUUACAGUAUUCUUGAAGCGGCUAAAAAUAUACAUAUUACCCAGCUGUUCUUUCUACAGUUUCACUUCAGAGCCGGCCUCGGCUCGGCGUUUGGCAUGUCACCUAAGAAGGGAGGAGGUUGCGUUUGAUGGCGGUGGUGUUGGCGUGGCGGCAUGUCGCUGGCCGUCUCCUUUACGGCUGGGGCCCUCUGCUCUGUCUGCUGCUGGGCACCCUGCUAGCGCUGCUUCUGCCCUUGGCGGGGGUAGAGGAGCAAUGCUGCGCCUCGCUGAAGGGCCUGGCCCUCCUGCGCUGCCACUUGUGGGGCAGCGCCGUGCGCUCCGUGGUCCAGUCCACUAGUCUCACCGUCCCCUUCACCUCGUUCGACCUUCUGCCCGUCCGCCCCAAGCCCACUGCAGAGUCGCAGCUGGAGGCCAAGGCCGCCCUGCAGCAGGCCGUGGAGAUGAAGAAGCAAGGGAAGAGGGAGAAGGCCCACAAGCUGCUGGUUCACGCCCUGAACAUGAACCCCGAGUUUGUGGAGGCCCUGACCGAGCUGGGCACCAUCCUGGAGGAGCAGAAGGACGUCAUCCAGGCGGACCACCUCUACACCAAGGCCCUCGCCAUCUCGCCCUGCAACGAGAAGGCCCUGGUGAGCCGGGACCGCACGCUCCCCCUGGUGGAGGAGAUCGACCAGCGCCACUUCAGCAUCAUCGACGGCAAGGUGCGGCGGCUGAUGUCCAUCCCCAAGGGCAACUCCGCCCUCCGGCGCACGAUGGAGGAGACGUACUACCACCACAUCUACCACACGGUGGCCAUCGAGGGCAACACGCUGACCCUGUCGGAGAUCCGGCACAUCAUCGAGACGCGCUACGCCGUGCCGGGGAAGAGCCUGCACGAGCAGAGCGAGGUCAUCGGCGUGGACGCCGCCAUGAAGUACAUCAACACCACGCUGCUGUCCAGCGCCGGCUCCGUCACCUUCGACAGCAUCCUGGAGAUCCACCGGCGCGUGCUGGGCUACACCGACCCCGUGGAGGGCGGCCGGCUGAGGACCAGCCAGGUCUUCGUGGGCCACCACAUCCCGCCCCACCCGCGGGACCUGGAGCACCACAUGCAGGAGCUGGUGCAGUGGCUGAACUCGGACGAGGCGCUCAACCUCCACCCGGUGGAGUACGCCGCGCUCGCCCACUACAAGCUGGUGUACGUGCACCCCUUCGUGGACGGCAACGGCAGGACGUCCCGCCUGCUGAUGAACCUGGUGCUCAUGAAGGCGCGCUACCCGCCCAUCACCAUCCGCAAGGAGCAGCGGGCGGAGUACUACGGCGCCCUGGACACGGCCAACGAGGGCGACGUCCGCCCCUUCAUCCGCUUCAUCGCCAAGUGCACCGAGAUGACCCUGGACACGCUGCUCAUCGCCACCACGGAGCACGCCGUGGGCCUGCCUGGAGCCAGCCCCCGGCCCAGCGCUGACUGCCAGCAGACCAUCCCCAUUCACAACUGAGGGUCUGACCAUCCCCAUUCACAACUGAGGGUCUGACCAUCCCCAUUCACAACUGAGUCUGACCAUCCCCAUUCACAACUGUGAGGGUCUGACCAUCCCCAUUCACAACUGAGUCUGACCAUCCCCAUUCACGACUGAGGGUCUGACCAUCCCCAUUCACAACUGAGGGUCUGACCAUCCCCAUUCACAACUGAGUCUGACCAUCCCCAUUCACAACUGAGGGUCUGACCAUCCCUAUUCACAACUGAGGGUCUGACCAUCCCCAUUCACAACUGAGUCUGACCAUCCCCAUUCACGACUGAGGGUCUGACCAUCCCCAUUCACGACUGAGGGUCUGACCAUCCCCAUUCACGACUGAGGGUCUGACCAUCCCCAUUCACGACUGAGGGUCUGACCAUCCCCAUUCACAACUGAGUCUGACCAUCCCCAUUCACGACUGAGGGUCUGACCAUCCCCAUUCACAACUGAGUCUGACCAUCCCCAUUCACAACUGAGGGUCUGACCAUCCCCAUUCACAACUGUGAGGGUCUGACCAUCCCCAUUCACAACUGAGAGUCUGACCAUCCCCAUUCACAACUGAGAGUCUGACCAUCCCCAUUCACGACUGAGGGUCUGACCAUCCCCAUUCACGACUGAGAGUCUGACCAUCCCCAUUCACAACUGAGGGUCUGACCAUCCCCAUUCACAACUGAGGGUCUGACCAUCCAUCCCCAUUCACAACUGUGAGGGUCUGACCAUCCCCAUUCACAACUGAGAGUCUGACCAUCCCCAUUCACGACUGAGGGUCUGACCAUCCCCAUUCACAACUGAGAGUCUGACCAUCCCCAUUCACAACUGAGGGUCUGACCAUCCCCAUUCACGACUGAGGGUCCAGGCCACACCUCACCUCCAUCUGUUUGAAGUACCGCGGUUUUUCCACAUGCAUCCAGAACGAUAAGUUUCAUAGGAUUGUACUCUUUGACUGACAUGUUUCUUAGAAAAAUCUCUGUAGGAUUCUGAGCGUUUAUAAAUCUUGACAGUAUUUAAUUAAUGAGUUAUAAAUGUUCCCGUGCGGCCCAAGUGUGGUAAAAUACGUCAUCGUUUUGGGAUUCUAAUACUUUUCUGUGCUUGAUUAAUCUUGCCUGGUGCAGAUGAGCCAACCAAGAGGAUCAGGGGGAGGGGGGGUUGAACUUUCAGAAUAUGUAAUUGUAAAGUGUAGAGAAGUAUUUGAAUGCAAAACUAUGAUGCAUUUGACCCAGGGGUGGUACGAACACACAUGCACAGGUGCAUGCAUUUUCAUGUUCCAACUCUCUGGUGUCCCGCCAGUACUCCCAUCGGAAUGAACACGGCAACAUGAAAAUGUUGGGUUCUAUUGUACCGGUCACAUUUUAAUGUGUUCUCAGACUAAUUUAAAGGGACCCGUGAACAUCUGCUAAAACAGAAGGAGAGCUCACUCAACUCCGCCUGUCUUUGCCUGCUGCGUUCAUUACAUAACGAUGAAGUCGUGCCUAAAGGGAGAAUUACCACUUACCCCAGAACAAGAAUCUCAUCACUAUGAAACCAAUUGCGAUUGUUCGAUUUAUUAGUUUUUUUUUUGGUUUUUUUAAAGGUCAUUUUCUGAAGUACUAAAGCUGGGGGGAAAAAAACAGAAAAGGAAAUCAUAUGAAGGGUCUGAAGGUAUCUUUGAAAGGCAUCAUCACUCCAUGUCACACUAAUAUUCAUCCCAGCAAACUCAAUGUUAAUGAAUACUGUACAAGAAAGGCACAGCCUUUUUAAGGGUGAAAUGCAUUCUCCCGACAAAAGUUUGCCUGACGUUUAGCUCCAGCUCAUUCCAUCAAGCAUUGUGUUAUUGCUAUUCAUCAAUUACGAAGAGUAGCACUGAAUACACUCCGACUACGGGAGUGCGCCAUCAUGUUAAGGGUACCUUGGUGUGACGGGGAUGAAAUUUUGUUUUUCCCCAGUCGUUCCGGAGAUUCCACUGUUAUUGAGGCCAUCACACAAGCUCUUACGGUGCUGUGCCUCUCUCUACGAUCACACUGACAAGCACUUUCAUGUAUAUUUAAAUAAGGGGGUAAGCGUAUUUAUUUUAGUAAAAAAUUAAAACUAUUUUACCAUAUA